AUGCAAUAUGUUAGCAGUAUAAAGGCGAUAUGGGAUAUCACAGGUUGCACAAUUAUGUCUGAUUCUUGGACUGACAUAAAGAAGAGGUCAUGGGUUAAUGUGAUUGCUUACUCUCCUGGGGGUGCUGUGUUUUUGAAAUGUAUUGAGUGCAGUAUAAAUAGAUUAACUUCCACAUUUCUUUUCAAUGAAAUUUCUGAUGUCAUUGAAAAAGUUGGACCAAAGAAUGUUGUGCAAUUUAUUUCAGAUAAUGGUUCUAACUUUUGUUCUUGUGGUGAUAUGUUGUCUGGAAAAUUGCGUCAUAUAUAUAGAACAAAUUGUGCUGCUCAUGGGAUUAAUCUGUUUUUGAAAGAUAUUCACAAAAAAGUUAAAUGGGUGAGGGAAGUUAUAGAAGAUGGAAAACUUGUAGUGGAUUAUAUUCACAGGCACACAGGUAUUGUAGCAUUGAUGAGAAAAUUCACCAACAAUAGAGAUAUCAAGCAGCCUUGCAAGACAAGGUUUGAUACUUAUUUUUUUAUACUGCAGUCUCUUAUUGUUGUUGAGAAUGAGCUGAGGCUUUUUAUUGCAUCAUCUGAGUGGAGAGCCUUUCAAUUCAAUAGAACUGAAAUGGCAGUGAGAAUUGUUCGAAUAAUUCAAUCAGAGACAUUUUGGCAGGGGGCAAAGGAAGUUGUUGCUUUCAUGGAGCCACUUAUUCGUAUUCUUCGCCUUGUUGAUUCAGAUGGUUCUACUGCAGGUUAG